AUGUCACACGCAAUCAAGAAUGUGGCUCUUGCCGGGGCUAGUGGAAAUGUCGGAGCUCGGGUACUCGAUGCAUUACUUGAUCUCAAGUUCAAUGUGACAGUGCUUAGCCGCAAUUCUAAAUCAUUUCCAACCGGUGCUUGCGUGAAGGUCGUUGAUUUCACUUCAGUAGAGGACUUGUCUGCUGCUAUCGCCGGACAGGACGCAGUCAUCGAUACUACCUUUUCACCUGAGGUUGACACACCCCUCCGACUUAUUGAAGCAGCUGCUAAGGCUGGAGUUUAUCGCUUUAUAACUAGCGACUUUGGGCUCGAUCCGGACUUACUAGGUGUUCAUGAUAUUCCCGUUUUCAGCCGGAAGAAAGUUUCUUAUGAGGCCGUGAAGAAACAGGCGGCUGAUAACCGCUUAACCUACACUCUAGUAGCGUGUGGUGCCUUUCUUGACUGGGGUCUCUCCACUGGUUUUGCCGGUCUGAACUUCCAAGAAAAGACAGCUUGGAUCUUCGGCGAUGGAAGCAACGUUGUUCCAUGGACGACAUUGGAGGAUGUUGGCAAAGCAACUGCAAAUGUGCUUUUGCAUCCGCAAGAAACUCUGAAUCGGCCUGUUUAUGUCCACUCCGUGUUCAUGUCGCAAAAUCAACUUUUCGACGCAGCAAAAGAGGCAUUGGGUAACAAGGGGUGGACGGCCACAUAUAAUGACAUGGAACCUCUUUUCCAAAACGCGUUAGCGGAUCUUCAGUCAGGCAACAUUAGUGAUUCAACCUUUGUGGUCCAGAUCCAGUACUGCCUGGCUACCAAAGCGCUGGCACACCCCUGGGCAAGAGAUGAUAAUGCCCUUGUCGGACUGGAAGAAUGGAGCCAGGAGAAGGUGAAGGUGCUGAUUCGGACGGUCACCAACAAAGCUAUGUGA